AUGUCUGUUGCCCAACUACCCAUACACAGUCUAGGCAUUUCAACGGCUUUUGAGAGCCUUUCUUUGAAAGAGAAGCACUAUGCCCAUCAUAUGGCACGGGCAGCAUGGUAUGGAGCUAGGAUAAUUCUACGCCAGGUGUCGCCGGAGUCUAUCGGCAUCUUCGAGUUUAUCCUCGAGCUCUACAGGAGUUGUUCAGGGGAUUGGAAUGUACUCGUUACGGAAGGAUGCAUCAGUCAAGAAGAUUGCAGUGCAUUCCUGGACUAUGCGGCAACAUUCAUGUCGAACGUAGGGAAUUAUUACGGUUCCGGUGAUCAAAAGUUUGUGCCGUCAGUCUCUCCCGCUGCGUUGGCGAAACUAUCAACGAAGUCUCCCAAGCUCGAAAACCUUUACGGCCAGAUCUCUAAUGCGAUCACGACCUUACCACCGUAUGGGUUGGGAUACCCAGGCGACAAAACUCAGAGCGCAUACUACCCGGGAGAUUCUUCAAUUACCGAGAGUGAGAUAGCAGCAGUAUCUCGCUUGUUAGAGGAAAACUCGAUCUUUCCCGAGAACACUAGGAUCCAAAAAGUGUCCAGCCGUGAAGCACACACCUUCGAGGUCUUGCAAGCAUCUGUCGAACAAGAUGCCGAUUCAGUUGUAUUCGAGUUACCUGCCUUUGACGCCACUAUAAAGGUCAAGCGCGGUGACCAUUUUGAAGAGCUGGCAAAGAUCUGCUCGUCUUUGUCCCAAGCAAAGAAAUAUGCAGCCAAUGAGAAACAAGACCUUUUCUUGUCUGAGUACAUCGACAGCUUCAUAACAGGCGAUCUGGGUGCAUAUCGCAGUUCACAGCGCACCUGGAUCACGGACAAGAGCCCUCGCGUCGAGAAUAUAUUUGGGUUUGUAGAACCAUACCGAGAUCCGUACGGUAGCCGCGCAGAGUUUGAAGGCUUAGUGGCAAUAACUGAUCCUGAAGAGACCAACAUGCUGGGGAAGCUGGUUCAGAAUUCGAGUAUCUUCAUCAAGAGACUCCCCUGGGCUGGAGGCGAGGAGAACAAUGGCAAGGGGCCGUUCGAAAAGGCUCUUUUUGAACCACCUGAUUUUACAAGCAUCCAUUCCCUCGCAUACUGCUCUAGUAUCAUAUUCCCAGGCAUCAAUCUGCCGAACUACAAUGACAUCCGCGACGAGUGCGGCUUCAAAAACGUUAUCAUAGCGAAUAGGAUGAGUGCCGAAGGUAACAAAGCGUAUCGAAGCCCCUUUGUCGACCCUACCGAGCUCGAGGAUUUCCACAAAGCGAAGUAUCCCGCCUAUUACUGGUGGGUUGUUCUCCACGAACUCCUCGGCCAUGGCACUGGAAGAAUGAUGGUGGAAGAUUCUCAGGGCAAGUUCAAUUUCGACAUUGACAACCCACCAAUAAACCCGUUAUCUGGAAAACCCAUCACUACUUGGUACAGACCAGGACAGACAUGGACGGGGCAAUUUGGCGAUCUUGCCACCACAGUGGACGAGUGUAGAGCGGAACUUGUGGGUGCUUAUCUAAUGGAUGAUAUUGAUUUGCUUCAGUUGUUGGGGCAUGAUGAGUUCUCAGAGAUCACGGCAGCGGAACUGACGUACAACACAUACAUGCAGCUCGGAACAGACGGACUUCGUGGACUGGCCAAUUUCAACGCCGAGCAUGGGAAAUGGGGUCAGGCCCAUAGUCGAGCUCACUUCGCGAUUUUGAAGUGCCUUCUGACUGACAGUGAUGGUUGCGUCACCGUAGACCAUGAUGCACAGAGCAAGAACCUCAUUGUACGUGUCGAUCGAUCAAAGAUCGUCUCCCAUGGCAAGCCCGCACUUGGUCGCAUGUUGUUACGCUUGCACACGUACCGUUGUACUGCAGAUGUUCAGUCAUGCCGUGAGUACUACGAAGACCUUUCACGAGUGCACGCGCAAUACCUGGUGUGGCGGGAGAUUGUUCUGGCGAAACAGGAGCCCAAAUGGGUGUUUGUCCAGGCAAACACCUUUCUUCAUAACGAGGAAGUGAUCCUGAAGGAGUAUCCGACGACGGCUGAAGGCGUGGUACAAAGUUGGGCUGAGCGACAAGUUUGA